AAGUUUCACCCUUUCAAGACCAGAAAUUACCAUGUAUACCCCUAACAUAUUCCCCAAUGACAUCUUUAGCCUUUGGGGAAAGGAAGGCUCGAACAAUCACUCCAGACUAUACGAAGCUGAGAAUAGAAGACAACAUAAUCUCAGUACCAAUAAUCACGCUAAUCAUCACAACCAGAACGGCAGUAGUGAGUCUAAUGAUCAAGCUGAGGAGCAAAGGGUUUAUCUUAGGUCUCUCUUCGCUCCUCCUUUAGUUGCUUAUUCUGCAGAAUAUCCUGGUGCUAGUUUAUCACAAUUAGAAUAUACUAUCAAGACUCAAAGCUCGGGUGGACUAAAUACACCCCUUCUAACACCAUUAACUCAACGUAAGUUGGAAAGGACAAGAAGAAUACGGAAUUUGGGGUAUAGCACAAUAGUACCAAUUGGUAUUGAUAAAACAAUGGAACGAAUUGAUUAUGAAGAAUCAAGAAGACACGCUAUGAAUGAACAAGAAGAUCAAUCAUUUAUUCAAACUGCAGAAAACAGCACUUCAAAUAACAUGUCCACACCAGCACAGCCGGCUGACUCUUCGGGAAUUGGUAUGAACAACUCUACAUUGGGAGAACAACGGGAAGAAGUUGAUCUCGACGCACAAAUUAUCAAUUCUGAUGAAUACCACCAAGUUUCAGAUAACUUUGAUUCUGACGAUGAUGAUGACGAAGCAGAUGCAAUUGGCAACACCCGUUACGAAGCCACUAGUGAUGAUGAACAAGACAUAGGUUUUGCUGAUGAUGUGAUUAAUGAUGACGAAGGAUUCAUGGCCGAUGAAGUGGAAUACCAAGAUGAUCAUAGUAUAAAUAAUGAUUUAGGAUCAGGCGGUCUUUCAUCGAAUAUUUUGAUGAACAGUGGAGCAACAACGAGUACCUUGACCGACUCUAUGUCAAAUAUAAAUUCCAAUAGAAGCGCUUCCACUGGAAUUACGACAGCCAGUCCGGUUGGGAUAUUCGAGCAACAGAAUCCGAUCAAUUCAAGUAGGCAUUAUUCCUCAAUCAGAGAGUGUGAUGAUGAAAAUGAUGAUGAAAAUCAAGAUAAUACUGAGAAUAAUGACGAAAACGACUAUGAAAAUGAAAAUGAAAAUGAAAAUGAAAAUGAAAUACAGCAAGGUACAAGUGAUCACUCAGAUCUUGAUAUGGUGAUUGAUGAAUGAAGUUAUUAUAAAUACUAAUACAGUUACGAAAUCUAUUUACAAAUUAAUGAAACUAUUCUUCUACUUCAAUAUGUUUUACCUUCCUCAUGUAGUCAACUUUUGCAGUUUGUAAAUGGAUAGCAGGAAUCAUCCAUUUACCACAGGAACAUCUUGAGCCUUUCCAACUAUAUCCACCUACUUUUGCUUCACACUUUGGGCACAAAAAUCUACCUUCAAGCUCCCCUUUGCCCUGCAAUUCAACCUUCAUCCAACUAACUGGUUCCCUCAUAAAAUGAUGAGAACAAGUUUUCGAAGCUUCUUGUUUUGAAAUAAUUCUUCUUGAAUGA